GCUCUAAGCAGCAGUCUGUACAAGAGUGCAUCACCUUAUGGCUCUCUUAAUAACAUUGUGGAUGGGUUAAGCUCCCUCACCGAGCAUUUCUCUGACCUAUCCCUUUCUUCAGAAGCCAGAAAACCCAGCAAGAGGCCACCUCCUAACUACCUGUGCCACCUUUGCUUUAACAAGGGACACUACAUCAAAGACUGCCCACAGGCUCGUCCAAAAGGAGAAGGCCUGACUCCAUACCAGGGCAAGAAACGCUGUUUUGGUGAAUAUAAGUGCCCCAAAUGCAAGAGAAAAUGGAUGAGUGGAAACUCCUGGGCUAACAUGGGACAAGAAUGUAUCAAGUGCCACAUUAAUGUUUAUCCUCACAAACAGAGACCCCUGGAAAAGCCGGAUGGCCUGGAUGUUUCGGAUCAGAGCAAAGAACAUCCCCAGCAUCUGUGUGAGAAGUGCAAAGUUUUGGGCUACUACUGCCGCCGUGUGCAAUAAACCUUCAAGUGGCCUCUUCCCGUCCCCAUCAUCCUUAAAGAUCCUCUGGCAGCACGCGAUCAACAGCAACACAACGAAUCAAGAUAAAAGCUAAAAUAAUUGCCAAUAUUGCCUAUCUAAUAAUAUGCCUUACCAUUAAUAGAAUGUAACAUUUCUCCUGUGCAUACACAUGCAUGCCACAGGUAUUUACAGGACUGAUUUAUAUACAUACAUAUAUAUGUAAAUUCAUAUAUAUAUGUACACACACAUAUAUAAAGUGUUACUGAUAGUGUUCACAACAGAACCGUGGUUGCAGGUUCUGCUGAUUGUUUACACAGACCCUAUAUCAUGGCCAGGUGAAAUGAAGUACUAGUCAAUAGGCAAGGUAUAAUAUUCACAAGGAACAUAUGUUGUAUGUAUGGCCUUUGCAGAGGUUAAAUAACUGUGGGGCCACUAAUCACAAGCACUUGCCCACAACAUGAACAUUAUUCCUAUUAUAUGACAAGACAAAGGAAGAUGAAACAAGCCACAGCAUAAAAGGAGGAAAAUUAUUGUUUUCC